GUAGUUAUGUGUUAACUCCAGCAUUUAAGACCAUUUAUUGUUGAAACUGUGUUAGAACCGUGUGUUAUAAUGAUCAGCUGAGCUUUAUUUUACAGCAAAGGAGGAUUUUGUUAUUUUACCCAAAAAUCAAGUUCUACUGUGGAGCCACAACAGGGCAGUAAAAGAGAGACAGGAGUGCAAGAAAGUGGGUUUGAGCACAUGUGUCUUUCCUCCCACCUUUUAGAGGAUUUCCUUUGUUAUCGAGUUUUCUCUUGUCUUUUUGUAAAAUUUUCAAAUAUACAACUUUCUUUGUCCUGGACUGGGCUUUUCUCUGGGAUUUUUUUAAGAAUAUUUGUAUUUACAUGCUGCCACUUGGAUGAAGAACCUUGUCUCCAACUCUCCACCCACUUUGGUGACUGGGAGUACUAAUGGUUUCAUACAGCGUAGGUGUGUGUGUGUGCAUGCAUGCGCAUUGCUACGCCGUCUACUUGGCAAUUACUCUGCAUCUUCUCGGCUGGAGGACCUGCUGUCACCUCUGCUUUAGGGUUUGAAGGACAGGACCUUGUGGACAUGGCUAGAACAGGUACUGAGAAUCCCUUGAGAUUCAUGGUGGACAGCCAGAGAAACGGAAUGAUCCAGACCAUCCUCUAUGUACUGGUCUCCACUGCUCUGUUUGGUAUAGCCUUGGAGACUUGCUUCAUCUACCACCUCUACACGACCAAGCAAAGCUCAGAACUUCUUCACGAUAAGAAUUUUACACAAACUGAUGCAAGAAAAGAUACCUUUUCUUUUUGUAUCAUGGAAGCCUCUACAGUCCCUCCAAAGAAGACAAGACCACCUCCAUUUAAGGCUUUAAAGCCUCUAGCACACCUGGGAGCUGGCAGUGAACGGCCCGGUGCAGACGGAGUCAUGCCGUGGAACGACACAGGGGAAUCUGAACUUCAUGAGCUGGAGUACAAAGAAAAUAAGCUGGUGGUUAAGAAGGAGGGCUAUUACUACAUCUACUCCAAACUCUGCUUUGAUGCAGAUGAAGAUUUGUUUAACCAUUUCAUGCUGAGGACCUCGCAUCGGUACUUCGGACAUUCUAUUCAUCUUCUACGUUAUGCUUACCGUGGAAAUAACUCUAAAACACUCAAAAAAGAAGGCUUCAUUCAAAACAGCUACCUUGGUGGUGUGUUCCAUCUUAUCAAAGGUGAUGCUGUUUUUGUUGUGGUAAAAAAUGGCACGGUUCACUUGUUUUCUCUGGCAGAUAACUAUUUUGGCAUGUUCAUGGUGUAGCCAGAAUGUCUUUAACUUAUUAAACCCGAAUAGUGCAGGGCAUGAUGAGCUUAUUUGCUGUUGGACAUGUAAAAAUGCAUUAAGUGAUGUGACAAUAUUUAGCUUGACACUUGUAAAUAACUGGCUUGGAAGGCCACAUGAUUGCAUGAUCAUCUGAACAUGA